AUGGCGCCCGCUGAACCAAACGCAAAGCCUUUUGAGCUCUUGACUACCGAAGAGCCAGAUUUUCCAGAAGAGCGAGAAGGAUGGAAAGGGUACAUCGAGUGGGAGCGAUACCCAGAAAAGAAGAAGAAGGCGGCAGAAAUCUUAGCGAAAUAUGACUUCCCCGUACCUCCUGAAUUCCAGAUGAAGCCGUUGCCCGAUACCAAUCCGCUUCUCGAAGGCGUGCGAUGGAAAUACUACCACUAUGCCUUGGGCAAAACACUCAAGGAUCUUCCGGCCAUUUCAUGGGAGUAUGUCAAGAAAGAGAAAGCCGAUGACAUGAUUCAUGUCCUGCAAUUUCCUUACAACGGAGAGCCGAACCGGAAGCGCCUGGUCGAAAAUGAAAUCACAGCCAACCCAGACCACUUCGUUCGAAACCAUGGUGGUGUUCCUGAGAUCGAUCCGGAGAAGUACUUCUUUGAAGUCGAAGGUCUCGUCAACACGCCAAAGAAGAUCACGCUGAAGGAGCUUCAGGAUGAGAGUAUCUUCCCACGCAUGGAGACCUGCGUUACGUUACAAUGCAGUGGUACUCGGCGUAUCGAACAGAUCCAUGACUACCCUGGAGAUGGAGACGAACUCAUCAACGCGCCUUGGGGAGAAGGUGCCAUCGGAACCGCCCGGUAUGUUGGCGUCAGUCUCAAGAAGGUCCUGAAGUACUGUGGUCUGAAGCCAGAGGGCAAGCAUGUAGAGUUCUUUGGCGCCGAUACCUACUUCAAGAAGGGCCAAGUGUACAACUACGCUGUCUCAGUGCCAACCCGCAAGGUGAAGAUCAACGAGGUCAUGCUUGCUUGGGAGAUGAACGGAGAACCAUUACCUGCCAUUCAUGGUUUCCCGCUUCGCGCCGUCGUGAUGGGGUACAUCGGUGCGAGGAGCUGCAAAUGGCUCACUCGUAUCAAUGUCAUCGACGCUCCCACCAUGGCACCCGUGCAGAUGAAGGAAUAUCUUUACUACACCCCGCAGAAUGGUAAGCAGAAUGUCACAUACAGUAACGGCUUCAGUAUCCAGACCAUGCCUGUUGCCAGCGCCAUUAUGACGCCUAUCGACAAGGACGUUAUCGUCCACGAUGGCAAGAUCCGCAUGACUGGUUGGGCCUAUAGUGGAAGUGGUUGGCCGGAGAGAGUCGAGGUCAGCAAUGAUGGAGGUGGCGUUUGGUACGAAGUGCCAUACGAGAACCUGAGUAAGAAGUACUACCACGCUUGGCGCACAUGGUGGAUCGACAUUCCAGUCGAUGCGGAAGGAUGGCUUGAAUUCUGCGUGCGUUGCUGGGACGAUGCUUUGAACACACAACCGACUUUUGUGCGGAGCGCAUGGAACUGGGAUCUUCACGUGACCUCCUCUUGCCACCGUGUCAAGCUUUACAGCGUCAACACGACCAAGCCGGCUACGCAGAAACGCCUUAAGCAACUUGAAGAGCACGGCGCUUCACUAUUGCCCAUUACCAGGCCUCUACCAUUCGACCUCCAGUCAGACGAAGACUACCUGGAGGACAUGAAGAAGCGCGGAGGUCGUGAUCCGGAAGAGUAG